GGAUACCUACACUAUCGGAUUUCAUUUAAAAUAUGGUGGGAUAUUAAGUUUAACUUCGUCUGCUAACCUGAAAAAAAUCGGUUAUUCAAACCGUGCCAUCUACCCACACAUGUACGUGUAUCAACUUACAAAGCUUUUUGAAAUGUUUGACAUUCUCAUCUCCGUACUAGGUGCAAAGCAGUCGGAUUGUUAAUCCGAAAGGUAUAACAAGAAAGUUGUGUAAGAAUAGUGUUAAUGGUCUUCGUGAUAUUAUUCUUCAUUAAAUAAAAAUAAAAUAAACAUUAUUGCAGCGAACAAAUACCUAGCGAUUGGUGUACUAGUGCUUGAUCAUAUAACUCUAAUUAGAGACGACAAUGGAGGUGUGCAAAGUUUUAACGCAAUGGAUAAUUGUUUCGUUGUUGUUUAAUUUCACUGUGAAGGGAGAAACGACAGACAAAUAUGCAAAACCGAUACAUUACACCGACAGGAUUUUGGUUGAAUUCGACGGUUCAGCUGAUGAUGUCGCCGAAUUCGGCUACGCCAACAAUCUACUGUACAUAGGACAUGUUGUCCGUAACUUCUACGAGUUCAGGUUAAAGGGGGCGAAAUCUAGAUCAACGAAACCAGUUAAAAUCGAUGUAGACCGGCUAGAACUAACAGACAAAAAGCUUAAAAGCUUCGUUCAGAUGGAAGCUCACUUCAGGCAACCGAAGUCUACUUCGCCUGUUCAGAGAGUUUCCGAUGGAAAGACUGAAAAUUCUCAUCCGAGGACAAAGAGGGCUGUAGUUCCAACUGAUGCGAAGUGGUCCGAUCAGUGGCACUUGAAAAGCACCCAGACGCCUGACAUUGGUGUUCAAGGAGCAUGGGACAAAGGUUUUACCGGAAGUGGAAUUAAGAUAGCCAUCGUGGACGAUGGUAUAGACACGACGCAUACCGAUCUCCCAUAUAACGCCGCGCUCAGCUACGAUUUCAUUAACGACGUGGUUGAUGCUAGUCAUCGGUAUCCUGAUGACGGGCAUGGCACGAAUUGCGCCGGUGUUGCAGCAGCAUUGAAGAACUCUGAGUGUGUGGUAGGGACAGCGCACGGCGCUUCUAUAGCUGGUUAUAGAAUAUUGGACGAAAAGAUUGGUGCAACGGCAGCGGUCGAGGCUCGUGCCUUAAUAUACAAGUUGUCCGACAUUGACAUCUACAGCAACAGCUGGGGUCCCGCUGAGACGGGUACAGAAUUUGACGCCCUACCAGCAGUUGUCAAUGCAGCCUUCGAAGAAGGCGUUGCAAAGGGAAGGGGUGGUAAAGGGGCUAUCUACACGUGGGCGUCAGGAAAUGGAGGCGAGCACUUUGAUGACUGUCAGGGUGAUGGAUACAGCAUCAGCACAUACACCAUUGCAAUCGCGGCCAUUGGCAAGUCAGGAUCACCAACCUGGUACUCUGAACACUGCUCGGCGGCAUUGGCCGGCACAUACAGCGGCAAUUAUCCUAAAGACCCAAAUAUCACAACAACUGGCCCAUCUAACAAGUGCGUGAAUGACUUCACUGGUACAUCGUCUGCCUGCCCAUUAGCUUCUGGGAUAAUAGCGCUAACCUUGCAUGCAAAUUCAAAUUUGAAUUGGAGAGACGUUCAACAUCUGAUUGUUGAGAAUGCAAAAGAUGCAGGACUCAAUGCGAGUUUCUACACCAAUGGUGCGGGUAAAAAAGUGAGCCCAUAUUUUGGAUUCGGGUUAAUGAACGCAGAUGCAAUGGUUACCGCAGCCCCGAAUUGGCAGACAGUUCCUUCUAGAGUCAAGUGCUAUGCGUUUUCUACAACCCAAAAAAGUAAUACAGUUGGAAACACGGCGACUGAUACCAUUGAUAUGAGCAAGUGCAAGAUAACCUUCACCGAGCACGUUGAGAUCAAGGUUUAUUUCCAGUCAACGAGAAGAGGUGACACACAACUACAUCUGGAGUCACCUGCUGGCACAGACGUCACCGUCUUGAAUAAUCGAAAUAAUGACGCAAACAAUGCUGCAUUUGAGUGGACCUUUAUGACCGUGCAUUUAUGGAGAGAAUCUGCGGUUGGAACGUGGAAGAUCGCACUGAAGGACACGGUCGGAGGAAAUACUUUGAAUCUAUAUAGGUGGGAGUUGUUCAUAUUCGGGACCAUAACAGACCCUAAAUUAGGAUCACCGUCUGCUGGAUCCCCCGGUGGCGCAUGCUCCAGCACCGUUUCGUGUAGCGGCACCAAUGCCGGGUGCUUGAAGGAAGCCCUCGUCUGCGUAACGUGCACAAAUGGAUAUCGCGUAGUCAAUGACUAUUGCGUUGAAGACGGAACAGAAGGCGGUUACUGUGACGACAGUGUUCUAUGUCGGAGUGUGACAGGCAAUUUGAAAUGCAACGUCACCGUUUGCAUUAAAGAAGAACCACAAGGCAAAUCAGAUUCAUUCCCUCCUGGAGCAAUAGCCGGAAUAGUUAUUGGUGGCGUUGCCCUGAUUGCAGCUUCCGUUGGUGCGUUCUUCAUCGUCAAGACCAAAUGUAUCAACAAGCCAUCUGCACAAAACGGUGCUGCAUCCAUUGGGUCCGCACCUGCCCCGCAAUCAUAUGUACAUGCAAUAAGCUAUGAUAAGACGAAUCAAGGAUACGCAAACAGCGGGUUUUCUUAAGUACGUGACAACAUGAAAUAUAAACGUGCAUAUUAUUUGAAUAGUCGAUUCAUUGUCCGUAAAGCGCUAAUUUUAUAAUCGUUCACCGACUGAAAAGGGCAUAAAUUGAUCUAAAUUUAUAUUUUCUUAUUUCAUAGCUUCUUCUUUUUGUAUGAUAUCUUAGUUAAAAUACUAAAUGUCAUGUUCAAUUAUUAUAAUUAUACUCAUAUGUCAACAGCAUUUUUGUUACGGAUUUAAAAUAAAGUCUCUUAAAAUACGUUUCUCAAUAACGACAUUAUAAUAUAUAUAUUUUAUAUGCGUAUGUUAAAUUGAGUCUAUAAAAGCUUACCAUGUACAUGUAACACAAACCGAUAAAAGUGUGUGGAGUUUUUAUGGUUGCUAUUAUUAUUUUGAUUAUUGCAACAGUUUAAUAACCAUGCAUACAAUGCAUAUACUGGCUGCAAAUCAAUAUUGAGAUUUCACAAUUGUGUGUGUGUUGCUUAGUGCCAUAAUGAACAAAACAUACUGUGAUAAUAUGAUAAUGAGUGCCUUAUUUUAUACUUAAGUAUUCGUUGUUGAAAGUAUCUACAACUGCCAUAUCUCUAACUUAAUUUGUGUAUUUUAUAACACUAGCGUAUACAUGUGCUUUGUUAAUUUUUUAAUUAAAUAAAAUUGAAAACUAU